GUAAGAAAAAGCAGAGUCCCCACUCACCGAGUCACCAGCCCCAAAACAUCAUUUGCGGAGGACAUAAACACGGCGGCAAUGGAAGACAACCCGAGAGCCGAAGCCGAAAGAUUACUAGGAAUCGCCGAGAAGCUCCUACACAACCGAGAUCUUGUGGGUUCGAGAGACUUCGCAAUCUUGGCCCAGGAGACGGAGCCCCUUCUUGAGGGAUCAGAUCAGAUCUUGGCCGUUGUCGACGUUCUCCUCGCUGCGGAGAAACGUAUAAACAACCACCACGACUGGUAUUCCAUCCUCCAGAUUGACCGCAGAUCUGAAGAUCCAGAUCUCAUCAAGAAGCAGUACCGUAGGCUCGCUCUGCUUCUCCACCCGGACAAGAACAAGUUCCCUCUCGCCGAUCAGGCUUUCAAGCUCGUUGCCGACGCCUGGGCCGUCUUCAACGACAACUCCAGGAAGUCAACCUACGACAACGAGCUCGGCAUCUUCGCGAAGGUCGAUCUCAACCUGCAGCAACCGAAACUGCCGGUCCGCCGUAGCCAGCCGCCGAUUAAUAGGAAGGACCUCUACAGGAAUAGCAACAUUAGUUUCAGUAGCGGCGCGAACGAGAGCGUGGAGGAUCAACGGCUGAGAUUGUCGACCUUCUGGACGAUGUGCCCUUACUGUUACAACCUGUAUGAGUACCCUAGGGUUUACGAAGGGUGCUGCUUACGAUGUCAGAGUUGCCAUAGGGCGUUCGAAGCAGUGCUAAUCACGUCGUUACCACCGCUGGUGCCGGGCCAGGACGCCUACUAUUGUUGCUGGGGGGCCUUUCCGAUGGGCUUUGUGGGUGGGAAUUCGGACAGCGCAGGUAAGAGUACCGUUGCGGGUGGCGCGAGGUUUCCGAAUUGGACGCCAUCGACGAAAGAGAAUGUUAGGAAUGAUGGAACACCGUUAACAGCGGUGGGUGUUGGGAACUCGUUGGAACUGAGACCCGCCCCGAGAAAGAGAGGAAGGCCGCGGAAGAAUCCCGUGCAACCACGAUGAUCUAAUUAUUGAGACUAAUAUUUACGCGACGGGUUUUGCUAUUUGGUCACUGGAGAUUUGGGGGAGGAUUCAAACAUCUCCAAUGCAGAAAUAUUUUCCAAUGAAUGUGACGGGUUGGGUCCGGGGGAGAUGAUUUUAACGUUUUGUGAUGAGUAAGUGUGCCGGAAGAUGUGGGAAGAUGCGUGGCUGUGGCACUGACCGUGGUUUCUGCUGAUGAUCCAUUGGGUGGUUUAAAUCAUGGAUUUUUCACGCAGCUUUUCCUCUGCAAAUUGCUUACAGAGAGAGUUUGGAACGCUGCAGUCAUACACUACUUGUUUGUUUAUUUGUCCUCUCAACUAGCAUUCCAGUUUGUUCAUAGCUUAAUGGGAAAUCCGAGUUGCGGUUGGUUGGGUUUGCACGUUGUGCACAUAACAAGAUGCUGGACAGAACGAUUGGUGGUUUUACCUUCAGUUCUGGCUCUUCUGUUUGAUCAGAUGAAGAGUUUUGGUUUUAAUUGGUUUGUAAAGAGGACAUACUUUAAUUUAACUAGUUGCUGAAUUGGCUCUCUAUAGUCUAUACACCUCUGAUACAAAAUCCCCAGGUGGAAAGAAAGUAAAAAGUUGCAGAGAAUGGUUCAUAGUCAUCGAGAUUAAUUCAGAGACAUUCACAGACUGAUAUGGAUGUAUCUUACAAAGUUUUUCCACCCCGACAUCUCCCUGAUAAAGUGAGUCUAUUUUAAACAUCAAACAAUGCUGAAGCCACCGAUAAAAUGUCUCAAGGAUGGUCGUCCUUUUUUGUUUUUCAAAAUGAUUAUGGAAGUGUAGUUUUAAUGAUGAUGUAUUUUUUUUUUAAA